AUGGUACAAAUAUCGGAAGUCAAUGACAAUCAGACGUCUCAAAGGGAGAACAGAACUGCUGCGCAUACUCAUAUUAAGGGUCUUGGCUUGAAUGAACACGGAAUAGCCAAACUGGUUGAUGGCGGAUUUGUCGGUCAGAACGAUGCACGAGAGGCUUGUGGAAUUAUUGUUGAUUUGAUUAAAAGCAAGAGAAUGUCAGGAAAAGCAGUAUUGAUAGCAGGACCACCUGCUACCGGUAAAACUGCAUUGGCACUAGCUGUAUCGCAGGAAUUGGGACCUAAAGUCCCAUUUUGCCCAAUUGUUGGAUCUGAAUUGUACUCUGCCGAAGUUAAAAAGACAAGUGCAUUAAUGGAAAAUUUUAGAAAGGCAAUAGGGUUGAGAAUAAAAGAAACCAAAGAGGUUUACGAAGGGGAGGUUAUUGAACUAACCCCUGAAGAAGCGGAAAAUCCUCUUGGUGGAUAUGGGAAAACUAUAAGUCACGUUGUUGUUGGUUUGAAGACAGCAAAGGGGACGAAGAAUUUACGUUUGGAUCCUAGCAUAUAUGAAUCCUUGCAAAAGGAAAGAGUAUCAGUUGGUGAUGUUAUUUACAUCGAGUCAAAUACCGGAGCAGUCAAAAGAGUGGGUCGUUCAGAUGCCUACGCCACGGAAUUCGAUUUGGAAGCAGAGGAGUAUGUGCCACUUCCCAAGGGAGAAGUGCACAAAAAGAAGGAGAUCGUACAGGAUGUAACGCUACAUGACUUGGAUGUGGCCAAUGCCAGACCUCAAGGUGGUCAAGAUGUGUUGAGUAUGAUGGGGCAACUAUUAAAACCCAAGAAAACAGAAAUCACCGAUAAGUUAAGAGGCGAGGUUAAUAAAGUCGUGUCAAAGUAUAUUGACCAAGGUGUUGCCGAGUUGAUACCAGGUGUUUUGUUCAUUGACGAAGUCAACAUGUUGGAUUUGGAAAUUUUCACUUACUUGAACAAAGCCUUGGAGAGCAAUAUAGCCCCCAUCGUCAUUUUGGCAUCAAAUAGAGGUUUGACAACUGUUAAAGGGUCGGAUGAUUUUGAAACAAGAGCUCCCCAUGGAUGUCCGCCAGAUUUAGUUGAUAGACUAUUAAUUGUAAGGACGUUACCUUACAAUUUUGAAGAGACAAAGACCAUUAUUUCGAAAAGAGCGCAAUUGGAAAAUUUAAUUCUUAGCAACGAGGCAUUGAAUGAAUUGGCUGAAAAGGGGGUUAGUACCUCUUUAAGAUAUUCUUUACAAUUAUUAACGCCUGCUGGUAUAUUAAGUUCUACAGCUGGGCGCACAGAGAUAAAUCUACAAGAUAUUGAAGAUUGCGAAGUGUUGUUUUUAGACUCUACGCGUUCUACACAAGUCUUGACUGAAACGAAAACUUUUCUAUAG